GUUCGAUGUUGCUGGAAUCCACCCACAGAGUAAAAUGCCUGGAACAUUCACACAAGUCAACUCCUGCUCUAAGUCAAUGGAUCCACUUAGGCGAAAGCUUGGCCCCGGAGUAUAUAGAACCGAGGUUGGAGGGUUCAGCAAGAGUGCGGUGGAUCAUCGGGCAUCAGGACCUGGCUGGGCGAGGGCGUAUGAGGUGUCCAGAAUGGCUGCUCUUCCACAUCUACUUCACAAAGAUCAAUGGGAAAAGAAACGCAAAAUUGAACGGAAUCUUGGGCCAAGUUCUUAUAACAUUAAAGAUUUUGUAGAAGUUAUAUCAGAGAAACCAGGAAGUGUACGAGGGAUUUGCAGCACCAAAGAACAGCGAUUCAGGUACACAGCCACGAGUGAGGUUCCUGGUCCAGGGACAUAUGGUGAGGGCGGUAUUCCACAUUCAGCAUUAGAAAAGAAAGCUAGGAAAUCAACAAGUACGAUUGGAAUAUUGGAUGCCGGGUCAUCAACACCAAGACAUCUACCUUCCGUGGGUUGUGAAUUGGGACCAGGAACCUACAACACCAAAAGUUUUACGGAUCAACUGACAAACAAAGUAACAAGUGUACGUGGACCCUAUGACCUUUUCACAGGUGAUCGCAAUAAACCAAUCAAAACAGGACAUCUUGCAGUACCGGGGAUGGCAAAUCUUGGGCCAGGCCAAUAUGAUUUAAAAUCGUUUGCAGACAAAUGGGAUGAUGAGCACCACAUAAAGCAUGGGAGGUUUGGCAAAGUGAGUCAUUACCCAGAAAAGCCAUCAGAAAGAAUUUACUGUUCAACACUCUCUCAGUGGCCAAGGUCAAAGACUGACCCUGGACCAGGGCACUACACAGAAAGAACGCUUUCCAAACCACAGGCCAAAGAUUCACCGCCAUUCAUUUCAUCAGCUGAGCGAUUUGACAAGAGGUCAAGAAAGUUCUUUACAGGUCAAACAAAUUCCGUUGGUGCAGGUAGAUACGACAUGCAGAAAUGGAAUGAUGCGCAGCACCGUAAUGGCCACUGUAGCGUGUUCAACUCAAAGGUUGGCAGGAAAAGCACGAAACGCGAUAACAUGAUGCUAGAGCGUAUCCAACCAAAGAAUGUGCAGCCACAAGAUCGACUUUAUCUGACGAAACCCCAGACCGCUGAGGACUAUAUUCAAGCAAGAAAGAUAAUUUAUGCGCAACAAAUUUAUUGAAGCUACAAAUCACAUUCAGAAUUAUGAGUCAAUAAACUACACUUUAUAUUAAAGAAAAUUUGUAAUGCUAAGCUUAAUGCUGUAUAGUUGCCAUUAAUUUUAUCCCACCGUCACUGUAUUUAAAUUAGUUUUUGUAUCUGCAUAUCCUCUAUUUUUCAAUACUACACUCUCAUUAAUUUUAAAAAUAUUUGUAUAUUUAUGUGAGUUUACUAAACUUAUAAUUAAGAAUUUGAAUGAGAAAAAAUUUCCCCAUCAAUUAAUGGACAGUUAAAUAUACCUUUGCUCUAUUCUUUUGCAUAAUCCUUAAAUCGGAUAGUAAUAAAUUUAAGGGUUUUGUAGUAAAAUGUCUUUAAAUAAGCAAAAAUUAACUUUAUAUUUUCUUUUUGGAAGUUACUAAUUUGAUCUAUUCAAUGAGCUAUUCAAAAUGUUUAUUUAAUUUUCAGGAUUUUUAAGGUUUUUUUUCUGGACAGUGCAUAUUCAUACAGACUAGAGAAACUUGUGUCUCAGCCCCGGUCUGAGCCAGGCAGUGUUGACUUCCAUAUAGCUUCAAAGGCAACUCAACCUUCACUAGGUUUUUAUGGUGACCCUGGUUGACAUUUCCACCGUCUCACUGUGACCUCUGGCCAAAAAAGUGAUCGAUCACAGCUAGUGACGGAAUACUUGACGAUUUUUGCCGGGUUAGAUCAUUCCAAAUCUUUUGGAAAAGUAAGGAGUAAACCAGAUGGUAUGGUUCAUUUCAGCCCCAUUGUUGUGGGAUGAUGUGAACUAUAAGCGCUUCUUUACGUCGGUUAGGUAGUCACGGACCACGCCCAUAUGGACCACGCCCAUAUGCAAUUCAGCACAAUGAUGGCUUAUUCUCCUAUAUUAUACCCUUACAAAAUAUUGUUGAAAUGAAUAAUAAAUAAUAAUAAAAAUAAUAAUAAUGUUGCAAGGAUAAGUUUGGUAAAUAUUUUUGAAGCGAGAGAAAAUACACUAAAAAUUUUUAAUCAUUAUUUUCAGUAACUAAAGCGUAUACAGUAGCCUAGAUGUCUUCCCGACUUAAGAUUUGUGCAAUAAUUGGGGAUAUUGAUAAGAUGAGAGACGUAAUGAUGAAAACCAAAAUACAGUAUAUUUCAAUAACAAUGUCAUUCAUCACACGACUGAUUUAGGUUUUAAAUGUACUUAGAAUUUAAGAUAAGAUAAAUGUACAGUAUAAUUGUGCAAAUGUAUUUCUUCCAUAUCAUGCUCUUUCAAAUUGAUGUAUUCCUUUCGUUUUAAAGCCAAAAAUGGCAAGAUGUUUAUAAACAUUGUGAGUGUUUCCAAAGUAAUGUUUAUAGUCUACAUGUUUUAGAAAAGUUGUAAUAUGUGUUCUUGUCUUUAAUACUGUGUGUUAGAUAUAUGUGGUAAUAAUGGUCUAUUGUUCUUCCAUGUUUCUUCCAAAUUGUCACUGUCUGUGAUGUGAUGAAUCUAAUGAAGUGAUUAUAUAAUCUGCAAGUCAAAAUGAUUAGUAAGGGGGAGGGGGUGGUUAUGGGGUUUAGCAUAGUAUGGUGAGGGUUACGAUCAAGUAUAUAUUGAAACGAUUACUUUAAUUGAGGGUUAUUAUGUAUCAGGGUUAUACAUUUUUAAGGAAGCAUUGUCAAAGGUAAAUGGUAUUUUAUAAAUGUUGCCAAUUAAAACUAUGUAAUGCAUUUAUUUAAGAAAAGGAAAACAUUUAAUAUCUACUUUAUAGCAAGAUCAACAAUGUAAGCCCUAUGUUUACAUUGGUUGAAAAUAAAUCCUAUGUUGACUAUUCCUCAAUUGUAUGUGAACACAUGCUUGUGUAAAUGAAUUAAAAGGUAUAUGGAAUAUA